UCAAAAUAAAAGUCCAUUUCGGAAACGUCUUGGCAGUAAUACCUUAAACCCAAAUUUAAACCCGCCCUGUACUCAAGACAACCAGAUGAGAUUACAAGGCAGGCGCGCGUUGCCGUACAAUAUGGCGGCUCCCACAAGCGCGGAAGAUCCGCCAUAAGUCCCUCCUCCGCAGACCCUCGUCUCUUCAGAAGCAGGUCAGCGGAAGUAGUUCCAGCCGGGGGGAGGCACGCGAAGACAGAGGUUCCAGCUGUCUCGCCACUAGUAAAUCUGACGUCUCUGCUGGCUUCCUACCGUUUGGUGAGUUUAACCGAAUCUUCUGUUGAGUUGAGUGUCAGAAGAUAGGAAGAUGCCUAAACCCAGUACGGUUGCCAUAAUGUUGACCACCCUUUUUGGUGCAGCUGUGGGAGGCUUAUUCAUAUGGAAAGCCUACCAGCGCUGGAGGGACAUCACCGCCAAAGGAGUGGAGGAGGAGGAGGAGAAGGAGGAGGAAAAAGACAAUAAUAAAGAAUUGGCUCCAAGGAAACUACCACCACCACCAUUAUCAUUCUUGGUUGUUCCCAAUGUCUCACAAGUGGAAAGGAUCCUCAGAGAGAAUGUGGUUAUUGUGUCUGAGAGGGAAGAAUGGGAGAGAGUGGAAUCUUUUUUCUGGGAGGAGUUGGAACAAUGUCCAGUCCUUGGAAUUGACUGCGAAUGGGUAAACGUGAAAGGCAAAGCAAGGCCUGUUUCACUCCUACAAAUGGCUUCCUCUACUGGUUAUUGCAUUUUAAUUCGUCUUCCGAAACUGAUCUCUGGUGAAGCAGGUUUUCCCCAAACCUUGGUGGAUCUUUUAGAAGACAGCAGAAUCUUAAAGGUUGGGGUUGGGUGUUGGGAAGAUGCCAGCAAGUUACUUCGGGAAUAUGAUCUCACGGUGAGAGGAUGUCUGGACCUCCGAAAUCUAGCUAUGAGACAGAGGAGAGAUCUGCUUCCAAAUGGGCUUAGCCUGAAGUUCCUUGCUGAAACCAUUCUCGGCUUUCCUCUGGACAAAUCGCCUCUUCUUCGUUCCAGCAAUUGGGAUGCUGAAGAUCUCACUAAGGAACAGAUUGCUUAUGCUGCUAGGGAUGCUCAGAUUUCGGUGGCUCUCUUUCUUCAUCUUCUUGAAUAUCCUUUAUCCAUGAAUUCAACCCAGAAUGGAGAUGAUGAAACCAUCUGGGAAAAAAUAUUGAUGAAGUGCCAGGAUCUUGUGGAUAUUCCUUUCCAUGGUAAAGGGAACAGCAGCAACAUGAGAGAAGAAAAUUCAGGAAAAAUGGAGGCCUCACAGAAGGCAAGAAACCUGAAAUCUAGACCUGGCAUGAUGUCUUCAGAUGAUCAGCAAGGAAGGGAUCCCAGGAAACAGAAAUCGAAGCCCCUUGGCAAGGGCUAUUCUGCUCGGAAAUCUCCACUCUAUGAUAACUGCUUCUUACAUGCUCCUGAUGGACAGCCUCUAUGCACUUGUGAUAGGAGGAAAGCUCAGUGGUAUAUAGACAAAGGCAUUGGAGAACUAGUGAGUGAAGAUCCUUUUGUGGUCAAGUUGCAAUUUGAGCCAUCUGGACGGCCUGAAUCCCCAGAGGAUUAUUAUCUGAUGAUUAAAGAGAACCUCUGUGUAGCAUGUGGCAAGAGAGAAUCCUACAUCCGGAAGAAUGUAGUUCCCCAUGAGUACCGGAAACACUUCCCCAUUGAGAUGAAGGACCAUAAUUCCCAUGAUGUGUUGCUCCUCUGUACCUCCUGCCAUGCCAUUUCGAAUUACUAUGACAACAACUUGAAGCAACAUCUGGCUGAAGAGUGUGAAGCUCCCAUUGGCUCUGAGGAGGGACUCCGCUUGCUGGAAGAUCCCAUCCGUCGUCAAGUGCGCUCUGGGGCCAGGGCCCUGCUCAAUGCCAAGUCCUUGCCUGCUUCCAGAAAGGAAGAACUCCUACAGGCAAUCAAGGAGUUUUUUAACACAGACACUGUCUCACAUCAGAUGCUUCAGGAAGCAGCAAAUUUGGAAACAAGAAUUAACAAUGAGAACUAUGUUCCCCAUGGACUGAAGGUGGUACAGUACUAUGCAAAAGGAGGAUUGUGCUCACUCAUGAAGCUGGAGAGUCGCUGGCGCCAACACUUCUUGGACUCCAUGAAACCCAAGCAUCUGCCAGAGCAAUGGUCAGUCAACCAUAAUCAUGAAAAUCUGCUCCGAAAAUUUGGGGAUAACUUGCUAAUGGAACUAGCAGACUCUCAGCAGACAGAAACAGUCCUUUCUACCACACUGCAUUUUGAAGACACUGGAGAAGGACUGCCAUCUCGAGAGAUGCUCUUCAGUGAUGCAAAUGAAGCAGACAUGUCCUAUGGGGGAAAGUGAGGAUGCAGGUGCUGGGGCCACAGGGCCUGGGCCUGGUCCUCUGCUUCUUCCUCCUCUUCCUUACUCCCUCUCCCCUUCCCCCAUGACCUCGGGGCACUAGAGACAGCCCUAGGG